UCGCCUCAAGCCAUCAUAAUACCUCUUUUCACCUUGCCACAGCUCGUGUCAACCAAUCUCCUAAUGCGCCCUGCUAUGAGAUUUAUUUCGAGCGCAAUCAGAACUUCGUUGGGCGCGCGUCACAGCUAGCCAUGCUUCAACAGAAGUUAUUCUAUCAGAAGAGCUGUAGGAGGACGGCGCUAGUCGGACUUGGAGGUGUGGGCAAAACGCAGGUCGCGCUGCAGCUCGCAUACUGGGUCAGAGAUAAUCAACCUAAGUUUUCCGUCUUCUGGAUAGCAGCACUAAGCGCGGAAAGCUUUAAGCAGAGUUAUAUCGCAGUACUUAAGGCGGCAGGGGUAGCUGUAGUAAAGGACGAGGACCCGAUGGAGUCUUUUUAUCAGUACAUCCAUUCGUCGCGCGCCGGAAAGUGGCUACUCAUUCUCGAUAAUGCGGAUGAUGUAGAUAUGCUGAAUAGAGAGCUAAAGAGCUACGGAGGAUUGACAGGCUUCUUUCCAGCCCAUGAAGACGGUCUGAUAGUCUUUACAACGCGCCACCGUGAAGCUGCACGUUCACUUGCAGGUCGAAACACGGUAGACGUCCAGGAGAUGGAUCACACGGAAGCGCGGCAACUCUUCGAUGUCUCACUGCCGGAAGAUAGUCCAGCGAGGCACGAUAGGCUUGUGAUAAUGUUACUGGAGGAGCUGUCAUUCCAUCCGCUAGCUAUUACACAAGCAGCGGCGUAUCUCGACGUCACACAAACUACGAUCGCUGACUAUCUAACGUCGCUGCGAGGGACCGAGAAGAGUCUGAUCAGUCUGAUGAGUCGCGAGUUUGGAGAUGACACGCGGUACUCUGACGCGGCAAAUGCAGUAGCUACAACGUGGCUAGUAUCGUUCGCCCAAAUCCAGGAUACCAAUGAUUCAGCGGCACAGCUCCUUGAAUUUCUAUCGCAAAUUGAGCCUCGAGCGAUCCCCUUGUCCUUGCUGCCACGUACGCAAUCUGACGAGGACACGCUGUUCGCAGUCGGCGUUCUGCAGUCGUAUGCUUUUAUCGCUCGCCGCGGGUCUAGCACGACGUACGACAUGCACCGGCUUGUCCAUUUAGCAAGCAAAAUAUGGAUUGAGAAGGAGGGACAGGCUACCGCAGUGAAUAAGCAAGCGACGGAGCAUAUAGCUCAAGUAUUUCCAUUGGACGACUACACCAACCGCGGCUUGUGGCAAGAGUAUCUUCCGCAUGCAACACGGCUUGCACGUAAUAGCACGACACAGGACCUGGAGGAGCGGUAUACGUUAUGCUCUAAGAUAGGGCUCUGCCUCUACGCUGAUGGACGCAUGGGCGAGAGCAUGUACUGGCUCUUGGUUGUUGAUGAAUGGCGGAAAGAGCAUCUUGGAGAAGAGCACCCUUCACGACGGGCAUCGCAGCACGCGCUCGCAGGCGCAUAUGAAGCAAACGGACAAGUGG